AUGUUCUCGCGGACGCAGGACGCCGGGGGCGCCGACAGCGGUGUCAUUCUUCCCUUUCGGAUGGGCGGCAAAAGUACAGUGGUUAUGUCGGACUACCACAUCUGCAAGUACGACGCCAUCCUCGGCGUGCUCGUUUGCAUCGGCGAUGAUGCAAACGUCCUCGUGCUUGGCAAGGAGAUGUGCCGCGAGCUGCUACCGCUGCCGGGCGGGGUGCACUGGCUAGACGCCUUUGUGUACUCCGGCACCACCAGUUUCCUGGUGCUUGCGUCAGAGACGCUCUUGUGCCUGGACUACAGCGCUGGCGUGAAUGGUAACGGGGACAGCAUGCUGCGGUGCACGGGGUCUGGUGCGCCGUUCACCUGCCUGCAUGUCGCACAGGGCUUGACAUGCGGCGCGGUGGGGCGCAAGGACGGGCUCGUCUCCUAUUUCCGUCUCGAUCCGGUGUCGAACAACCCCGAGGAGCGGCCGCAGCUGCAGUGGACCGCCACGGAGACGAAUGUUCUCGGGCUAUGCCAGCCCUUCUGCAAGGGCGUGGCGGGCCCCAUCAUUGACACGAGCGCCGCCAGCCGCGACAAGUUCUUCACCACAGGCUCUCUGCUCUCGAUGGACUCGUACCCAAACAACCCGAACGCACUCAUCGGUGUGGUGGGCGGGGUUCCCGGGGUGUGCAAGUGGUACAUUGAUGAAGGUCGUGUGAGCUGCUUCUUUGAUGCCAGCAGCAUCGCCGGACAGCAGGACAGCCUUUUGGCCACGUGCCGUGUGACGCCUGGUGGCGUUUACGUCGCUGCCGUCACCAUGCACAGCACCAAGGUUCUCCUGUGGAACGAGAGCAAGAAGCGGCGUGACAAGGUGGCCGAGCUCUACUGGGUCGUGGAUCUCUCUCAGCACAUCUCACAAAGCGUGCCAAGCGCCCCCAGCGCCAGACUUGUCGACGCAUUCGCGUACAACGAGUAUCGUGUGGGUCUGAGCAUGGCCCGCACUGCCCUUGAGGACAGCUUCCACCCCACCAACGACAAGCACAGCCAAAUGUACAUGUUGCUGCACGGCCAGCGCGACAUCCUGGAGAUAGUUAUCCGACUAGAUGACAAGCAGGUGAUGCGCCAGGACGCCAUUAUCGCACACCUGAACGCGUACACGGCGCAGCGUGGUGUGGAGGCGGCGCGUACGAAGAAGGCGGCGGCCGGGUCAAGCGGCAACGGCACAGACGUCGGCGUGAACGCGGUGGACAACUACUUCAACGUCUUUCACGUGGAGCCGUGCGUACUGUCGAACUACUGGACAAGUGGGCUGAGAGACGUUGACCUAGAGGCGCUGUUCGUGACAAGCGAGGAUGGCUUGCGGCCGAUCCUGGCAAAGCGCAACCGUCAGACGGGCGGCAUUGAAAGCAUACGUGAGCUGCGCGAGCUUAGCCCGCAGGCGCCGUGGUACCCGCGUGCGCUGCUGUUGCGGCUGCCCGAGAACCAGAUACGAUCGCUCGCCGAGGAAAUACAACGAACAGCAGUGGCCUCAACGUGGGAGAAGCUUCUGCGCGGCGGCGACGCACUGCUGCGCCACGCGCUGCCUGACGUGGAGGUCAAGGAAGUGGCUAACUCAGAUGCGGCAUAUUUGUGGCGGCAGAGCAUUAUGGUAACCGUCACGGAUGCAGCACAGGCGGUCUGUCUGUCACCGCAGUCCAACGAGGCCUUCAGCGUCAGCUCGAAAGCUUUGGCGAACUGCGUGCCGUGGUCAACUUUGGCGAUCGGCCAGGACGCUGACGGGUUGGUGUUGGAGACGGUGCUGCCCUCGCUGCACACAGUGUUCCUGCCGACGGAGAUAAUUUUGCGCGUGUUCAGCACCGAGUCCAUCGUCACGGUCAUGAAACACGACAUUCGUCGUAACACCGGCUCACUGGUGCUGGACCUGGACCGGGCGGCGCUCCAACUGGACGGGAACGGCGAGCCUGGAAAGCGGAUGGUGCAGCAGGCGGUACUUGUUAAUGCACGUCUGGAGCCGUCCACCGUGACGAGCAAUGUGUCUGUUUACAAGGAUGGCAAGUGCGUGUUGUUGCUGCUCGAGAACUCCUCGGUCGCGCUUGUCGAUCUUUCGGGCAAGGGUGACGACGGCCGCCCUUUCAUGCUUCAAGUUCCCCCUGGGCUGCUCCCGGUCGGGUCAACCAUCGCCUCGCUUGAUGCCUUCUGGAUGGCCAGCCAGACCGCAACAAGCAACAUCAGGACGGGCCUGCUCUGCCUCGCGUGCCUCUUCAAGGACCGCAAAGGAUUCUUGCUUUGGAACUUGAGCGAGAUGCGCCUGAUCACCUACGCGCACCCCGAGUACGCCACGUCCGCCACGCGCCUCAUGGUCACAGCAGCGGUGCAGCCGCCGCUGCCGAAUCUGUCGGGUGACGUCAAGGUGUUCGAAGUCACGCUUUCCAUUUCGCCACCCGUGCACAACGCUGGAGAGUACGGCACCCUUACCUGCUGCGACGCACUUGGCGCUGCUUUGCUGUCGAUGUCGCUUGCGUUUGGCAUCGCGGACGGCGCCCCGCAGGCCUGGUGCUACCGCCUGAGCGCGGAGGUCAGCUGGGUGGCGUUGCCGCAGACGACGAGCGCCACAAAGCUGCUGCCUGUCCGGUUCGAGGUAUUGGGCUCGUCUGUAGAGUGGACGAUUACGGUGGGUGGUGCGGCGGUGGCAACAGGGAAUAGCCCGCUCCAGGGCAGCAUCGUGCACGUCAAGACAACGUGGGCACCAGGCAAAGCCAACCUCACGUACAACACGGAUGCGGGAGAAAUGCGCGACUACGAAAUCAGCCGUGACACCUCCGCCAACGACCGCAUCGACCCAUCCAUCGCGUUCGUUGGCGCACACGAGAUUGCUGUGGUGCAAGUGUCCGCCCUCUUCCCCGCCACUGGAUCGCCGGCCUCGAUGGCGGCGAGUGUCACGGCGGCGGGCACGGUGCCAGCCGCCACGUGCAGGCUCGACCCUGCGCGGCGUCUCGAGCACCUCAGCGUCUACCACGGCCGCGGCGCGCUCAUCGUGGUAACACGCGAUGCGAACGGCUGGCGUUGGGUGAACAUCCUGGACAGCAGAACGGCCAAGCCGAUGAUGCAGUCGUGCGCCACUCUUGACUUUGCUGGCGAGGAGAACGUUCAGGUGCUGCUGGUCGAGAUUGAGAACGUGCUGCAUCUGUACUUCCUCGGCUCCAACAAUGGCGUUGUUGGCCACUUCUUCGUGGAGGCGAACUUGGGUACUUCGAAAGAAAGUGGGGUGCGCAAGCACCCCUGCUUCCGCGGACCACACUACCACUUCACGCCAUGCACCUUCCGCGGCUACGGACGCUAUCUGCCACCGGCGCCGACACUGAAGCAGGAAACGAGCUUCUUCAAGCGACUCAUGACGCUGCCGUGGGAGGACAUUGCCCUGAAGCUAGAGUCCCAGACGCUGCGCGCCACGAAGGCGGCUGGAGUGGCGCAGAUGCCUGCCGGAAACACCCCCAUGGCAGCAGCGCCUACAUCAACACCGUACGCAACCCCCGCCUCUCUGCCGUCAAGUGCGCCACAAGUCGCGAAACCGGACCCUAAGAGGGAGCAGCAAGAGCUGCUCGGCGCUGUCAAGCGCGGAAGUAGCGCAGCAGGACCGGCACAGGCCCCGGCCCCUACGCGGCAGCCUGGUGCUUCUGCAUCUACCGCGGCCGCCACCGCAACCACUCCGGAUGAUUCGCCGGGUGGCCGCUAUGCGCAACUCAAGGCGAUCGCGGAGCGCGAGAAUGUUAGCCUCACUGAGGCCCGGCGAAUGAUGAGCGAGAAUGUGCGCAAGCUGCAGCAACGCGGCGAGCGGCUGAGCGAGAUGCAGAACAAAUCGGCCGAGCUGGCGCAGACAGCACUGACGUUUCAGGAUCUGGCGCGUCAGCUCAAGGAAAAGCAGCGCAGCAGCUGGUUGUAA